CUCCGGACGCCCAAGGGUCUCUACCUCUCCGAGUGGAACGCGGGCGUGUACGCCAACGGCCAAGUGUUCAACGUCAACGAGCUCUUCGAGGUCGACGCGUCGACGCAGCAGAUCAAGGCGGUCAGCAACGGCCAGUGCCUCGACGCCUACAAGCAGGACGGUCGCCUCCGCGUGCACACGUACACUUGUGACGCGUCGAAUGGCAACCAAAAGUGGCGCGUGGUCGGCGGCAAGGUCGAGCACGCCACGCAUACCGGGCAGUGUCUGGACGUGGACCCGACGGACCCGCACCACAACGUGCAGAUGUGGACGUGCAUUGCCGGCAACGACAACCAGCGCAUCGAGCUCGUGUCGCAAAUCUAA